AUGGCAGCCAAUGUACCUACUAACAUUAACAAGCAAUACAGGCGGUUGCGCGUCGCUGACUACAUCACUCUCUCGAAUGUUCUCGCCAUUUUCUGUGCGAUACAGAAAUCACUUCUCUCAGCGCACUUGCUCAUCUUUCUCGGCUAUGAGUUUGAUCGCUUCGAUGGAAUAGUUGCAAGGGCUAGGAAUGAAUGUUCCGAAAUGGGAAAACAAUUGGAUAGCUUCUGUGACUUGGUCUCUUUCUGCGUGGCGCCGGCAGUCAUGAUCUAUUCCGCUGGCUUUGAUACUAUGGCCGAUCAGCUAGCUUUGGCUGUAUUUGUCUGUGCAGGUGUUGCUCGACUCGCAAGAUUCAACAUCGCUGCGCACUUGGUACCAAAGAGCGAUCAGGGCAAAGCGAUGUACCACGAGGGCCUUCCUACAGCAUAUGCGGCUCUUCUCAUUUCUACAGCAGUUGCUGUUGCAGAAUGGACAGGCUAUUUGAUCAACUUGGCUUCUGGCUCUCAUUACCCAGUCAUUAUUGCUGUGCUCAUUUUCAGUGUCGCUAUGGUUAGCAAGCGGCUGCACUUAUACAUUGAUGGAGCUUACAGCAUCCCCGCUGUGAAAGUUCCACCAACAGUGCAGCGCAAACAUUUGUUCUCCAGCUCUUUUGUUACCGCUCUUUAUUCUCAAAUCUUGGCCAUCAUGUCCCUUCGACCCUACCUGGAAGCUGCCUACAGAGAGGUUCGUUUGUCUACAGAAACCGCACUCAGUCCGCUGCAGAAGCUUGAUUGCCACCUCAAAAAGGGUCAAGACAACUUGAUCCUUGUUUACGGUGGCUCUUUUAACCCCCCGCACCGUGGGCACUUGGACGUACUGCUAUCAGCACUGCACCCUGUCGUCAAUGCCGCCGCCGUGGUGGUUCUCCCCAGCGAGGAUUUCCACCUACGCCACAAGCUGAAAAACAGUCACCCAGAAUUCUUCAUGAGUCGGAAGACAAGAGCUGCACUCUGGGCCGAGAUGCCCCAGGUGCCUAGAAGUAAAGUCUGGAUAUGGUCAGAGACAUGGUACCCAUUUUUCACGUUCAUGGAAGCGGCGCAGCGGCUUUGCGAAGCGGAUGGUUACAAGAUUGUGUUUUCGCAUCUCAUUGGACCGGAUAACCUCAACAGAGCCGAUGCUCUUAAUAAUUUGCCCUACAGGUUCCCGCGAAUACUUGUCACAAACAAAGCGCGACAUGUACCCUCGCAAUUUUUACCAAAUGGACAGCCAACUAAAUGGAAGGGCUUUGGGGAAUGGCUUCCGCAAAAAAUGGCACGUGAUGAACAAAAUGGAAAGCUUGAAGAAGCAGCGGAGGAGGCUACACUUUGGACUUGCCGAGGUGCUGAUAGCCUCGGCCAGCGGACAAUGGGUUACUACCUCGAUUUUGCAAACAGACCAACUGGGUCUGACAUCAACUCAACAGCCAUGAGACGAGACCUCCUCGAGAGACAUGGAUUGGACGAAGAGAUUCUGGGCCAGAUGAGCACCUUUGACCUUCUAAGCAUCCUGGAGCCAGUACUACGCGGAGAUUAG